UCCCAGCGAGGCGCGAGCGAAGACAGCGCGAUGCAAGACUUGUGUGUUUUUUCUCCUCUCCCUGCAAGGGAAAUGACAUACCGCCCUUCUUGCUUCCUGGGGGUGGGGGGAGCCCGGCCCCAGCAGCGCGAUCGGGACAGGGCGGGCGCUUCUGCUGCUUCUGCUGCCGCCGCAGCCGCCUCCGCUCGCCGCUUCCCGCAAGUCCCCGGGUCCUUUCUGGCUCCUUCAUCCCCUGGCUCAUUCGCCUGGCGAGGAGGGGGACCGAAAAACACGCGAUCGCCGGCUCGAGAGCGCAUGGAAGCGCGGCGCGGCGCUGCUCGGCCACCACCAUGGACGGCUACCCGGAGCGCAGCCCCAACGGUGAUAACCUCCUGGGUAGCAACACUAUCCUGCGCCACCCAGCCUGGCUCACUGACCUCGAUUCCCGACUGCGGAGCCAAGAAGAGGAGCUGACGCUGGUGAAAUCGGCGUUGGCAGACGCGUUGCGGAGGCUCAGCUUCUACGACCAGCAGAUCCCUCUGCUCAGGCAACAGCUGCUUGAAGCAAAUUCCGGUCUGUCAGAUACCAAAGAUCCUGCACUCCUUCCACAAGACAAUGGUGCCUUCUGGAGCCUGCCUGCUGCUUUCUCCAAUGAUUCUUUCAGGUCCACUAUUGCGCAGCAACCUGGAGGCUACAGGGAGUCAGUGCCUUCAGCUGAAAGGGCCCAGGGCUCACCAAGGGUCAGCGUUGGGACGCAAACAGAGGAGUCCUCCUUGCUGGAGGCAAAGCAGAGCCAGUACCUAAGCAACGGGCAUCUUAAGCAGACAGAGAGCUCGGUGGUUCAAGGACAGACAGACCAAGCCCCUUCCACCCUUGGACAGACAGGCUUCACAGAGGGCUUAGCCAGUGGAGGCCCUUUGGAGCCCGUUAAGAACUCCUUUGGGUUGCAGGCUGAGGGAGGAGGAGACCCAGGAUUUGCCUUGGAGUUGCAAAAUGUUCAGGAAAAGCAAAAGGUUCAGGAGGAACCCCAGGCUCGAGGCACUGGUUGCCACCUUCCUAGGACUUGCCCCCACGAAACUCAAGAUGUCGGGGAGCCUCCCCCUGAAGACAGCAGAGACAAAGUCUCUGGCGUGGGGCAGUCCCAACCCCCAGCUCAGUCGCUGGGUCAGCUCCCAGCAUCCCCUGAGCCUCCAUUGGAAGUGGGGAGCAGCAACAGCAGCAGCACCCCUGCCUCACCGGUCCCAGCUGUGCAGAGUUUGAUGUCGAGCAAGAAGGAGCUACUGCGGAGAAACAGCUCCUCCGACAAACCCUCCAAAACGAAGCAGCGCCUCUCCAAGAAGGCAGCGUCCUCAGCCAACCUCUUCAACCACUCCAGCAGCUUUGAGAACCGAACAAAGGAUCCCUCCCUAAGUCCAGGGCCACUGAGUGCUCGGCGGAUGCACCAAGAAGGACGUUCCACGAAGAUGUUCCUGCGUGGUCGCCCCAUCACCAUGUACAUCCCUUCCGACUUCCUCAACUACGAGGAGCUGCGCAUGGAGCUGCCGACCGAGAAGUUGAAGCUGGACUGGGUAUAUGGAUACCGAGGCCGUGACUGCCGCUCCAAUCUCUACGUGUUGACGUCAGGAGAGCUGGUCUACUUCAUUGCCUGUGUGGUUGUGUUGUAUCAUGUGCAACAUCGCACACAACGCCACUACCUGCGGCACACUGACUGCGUGCGCUGCCUAGCAGUGCAUCCUGACAAAGUCCGCGUUGCUUCAGGGCAGAUGGCUGGUGUGGACAAGGAUGGCAAGCCUCUGCAACCCUCCGUUCACAUCUGGGACUCGUCCAACCUUAACACCUUGCUAGAAAUUGGUCAGGGCAGCUUUGAGAGAGGAGUUGGUUCUCUUGCUUUCUCCACAGCUGAUGAGGGGACAUACUUAUGUGUGAUAGACGAGUCCAACGAGCACAUGCUGUCUGUCUGGGAUUGUGCUCGUGGCACCAAGCAGGCUGAAAUCAAGAGUACCAAUGAAUCUGUCCUGACCGUGGAGUUCAACCCGCAAGACAGCAGCAACAUAAUCACCACUGGGAAAUCUCAUGUCUAUUUCUGGACCUGGAGUGGAAACAGCCUAACAAAGAAGCAGGGAAUAUUUGGGAAAUACAAGAAACCCAAGUUCAUCCAGUGCUUUGUGUUCGACACCAACAGUGAUGUGCUGACCGGAGACUCGGAGGGCAACAUCCUGACUUGGGCCAGGGUGCCUGCUGACAUCCGUACGCUGGGAAAGGGGGCAAAAGAGACUUACCAGAUCAGCAAGCAAACGCGAGCCCACGAAGGCAGCAUCUUCUCUCUCUGCCUGUGCCGCGAUGGCUCGGUGCUCAGUGGGGGUGGCAAGGACCGGCGCCUGGUCCGGUGGAGCCCCAGCCUCUCCCUGCUGCAGGAGGUGGAGAUUCCGGAACAGUUUGGUGCCGUCCGCACCAUCGCCGAGGGUGAUGGAGGGGAGCUGCUGGUAGGGACCACACGCAAUGCGCUGCUGCGGGGGAGCUUGGCGGAGGGCUUCCGGCCCAUCAUCCAGGGGCACACGGAUGAACUGUGGGGGCUGGGCACUCACCCUUCGCGGGACCUUUUUGUCACUUGCGCCCAUGACAGGCAGCUCUGCAUGUGGGAUAGUGGGGAGCACACGCUGGCUUGGAGCACCACGCUGGAGGAGACAGGGCUCUGUGCUGACUUCCAUCCCAGUGGGAAAGUGGUCACAGUCGGAUUCAGCUCUGGACGAUGGGUGGUGCUGGACACGGAGACGCAACAAGUGUUGUCGAGCUACAUAGAUGGGAACGAGCAGCUCUCAGUGGUGCGCUAUUCGCCAGAUGGGGAGUUCUUGGCCAUUGGCUCCCACGACAAUUUCAUUUAUAUCUACAGCGUAGAGGACAGUGGGCAUAAAUACACCCGUUUUGGCCGCUGCACGGGACACUCCAGUUUCAUCACACAUCUGGACUGGUCCAAGGAUGGGAAAUUCAUCAUGUCCAAUUCUGGGGACUAUGAAAUCCUGUACUGGGAUGUGGCUGGAGGUUGCAAGCUGCUGAGGAACCGCUUUGAGAACAAGGACCGUGAAUGGGCCUCGUAUACCUGCGUGCUGGGCUUUCAUGUUUUUGGUGUGUGGCCUGACGGAUCGGAUGGCACCGACAUCAAUGCACUUUGCCGCUCCCACAACGAGCGGGUGGUGGCUGUUGCAGAUGAUUUCUGUAAGGUGCACCUCUUCCAGUACCCUUGCGCCAAGCCCAAGGCACCAAGUCAUGUCUAUGGUGGCCAUGGGAGCCACGUCACCAAUGUGCGUUUCACGCACAACGAUGGCCACCUUAUCUCCAUGGGGGGCAAAGACACCAGCAUCUUCCAGUGGCGAGUGGUGGGUGGCAGCCUUGCCCGCAGCCAAUCCCUCUCUUCUGCCUCGGUCUCCUCCCAGGAUGCUGGGGUCAGCACCUGAAGCCAGCGGGAGGGGAAGAAGCAAAAUCUCAUACCCCAGUAUGGUGACUAAGCCUUUGCAAGAGAGGAUGAUGGGGCUGACCUCCCAUCCCCGUGACUCAUUCUUGUGGACUUGAGUGCUCAGGUUGAUGGAUCCGUGGGAAGGCGGGAGUCUCUUCUCCCUGCCAACUUAAAUUUCCUUUGGCUAACAAUGUGAUUUGCUUUAUUAACAUAAGGGUGGGAUCAGCCAGGAUACCUAGCAGUCCUAGGCUCAGGAGAACUGGCACCGUGAAGGAAAAUGUCUAGCCUGUUGUGUGUGAGAAGGCAGAGAGACCUGUUCCUUGUCUCUCAGACAGGAGUUUUUGGAGAGAAGGACUACUUGUGAGUGGCGAGGGGACAGGGGUGUAGAUUUGGGGACCUCUCUGGAGAAUGUUCCCUUUGAACUUCAGUGAUGUUCCCCUUUCAAGCCUGAAAGACGCUGGAUUCUGUUAAGUCCAGAGAAAAUGGGUAAAUGUCUCCAUCCACACACCCCUCCCCUUACUGCCAUCCUUCCGUACUUCGUUUACAUUCCUAGUGAUUCUGGCAGGGGCUGGAUCUGAUGUGUAAAUAGCAAGCGCAAAGAAGGGCCUUAACACUGUGAGAAACGCAGAGAAAUAAACCUUUGCAUCCAGA